AUGUCAGCCAUCGGUCAGUACAACCCAAAAUGGCAUGGGAUAUGUAUACUAAAGGCAGUUUUCGCAGGUUCGCUCGUCUUCUGCACCGACUGCGGAAAUCUGCUUGAUGGAUCCGUAGGGAAGCAGAGUGUGAUACUGACAUGCGGCGUGUGCGGAGCGCAAAACAAAGACACAUCUUCCAAGACGGUUGUCACCGUCUCUAAACCGACGGCCUUUCCUUCCUCGUUGCGCGCAAAGAGAUCCGAAGUACAGACUAUUUCCGAAGAGGACGUGCAGACUACCAGUGUCAUCAACCACCCGUGCGAAAAGUGCGGUCGGGAGCAGGUGCGCUACUACACACAGCAAUUGCGAAGUGCCGACGAAGGAACGACCGUCUUUUACGAGUGCGAGUGUGGUCACAAAUGGAACACGAACAACUGA